AUGGGCAAAACAUACACUCCGGUGCGGAGCAAGGAUAAUGUCUUUUCAAGACGUGAGAUAGAGGGGAUGAUUGCCGAAGGCAAGCUCAUCAUCAUCGUUGACGAUAGAGUGCUCCGAAUAGAUGGCUGGAUCAAGUAUCACCCUGGUGGUGAUAUGGCUAUCAAGCACAUGAUAGGCAAAGAUGCCACAGACGAAGUCAAUGCACUACAUUCACAGGAAGCUCGCCUGCGCAUGAGCAAAUUCCAGAUUGGCCGCAUCGAAGGCCAGUGGACCAACUUUCUCCCUCCGAUACAAGGCGGCGAAUUUCGACUAUAUGAUCAAGACGAAGAAGACACACCCUACUCCGAAUCCUCAAGCGAUGACAUUUCUGCGCCACCAUCUCCUAUUUUUGAUCCUAUAGAAGAUGCACCAGGUCUCAGACGCAGACUUUCCGUGUCGACCAUCUCUUCGGCACUCAGUGCAGUUCCUCCAGCCGAGAUCAAGCCACGAGCCGCCGUGAUGGAUGCACGAACACAAGAGGAAAUUCAAAUGGAUCUUGCGAGAUUCCCCCCUCUCGACUUUGAGCACCAAGAGAAUAUUAAGCAGAAAUACCGCCAACUCAACGAGCGCAUUCAGGCAGCUGGUCUAUACAACUGCAACUACUCUGCCUACGCCAUUGAGAUUUCCCGUUACACCCUCUUAUUCGGGCUCUUUCUUUUCUUCCUACACAAGUCCUGGUUCUGCACAUCUGCGCUUUUCCUCGGUUGCUUCUGGCACCAACUUGUCUUCUCUGCCCAUGAUGCUGGUCAUAUGGGAAUAACCCACAACUAUCAAGUCGACACGGUCAUCGGCAUGCUCAUCGCAGAUUACCUAGGUGGCCUGAGUCUAGGCUGGUGGAAACGCAGCCACAAUGUCCACCACAUCGUAACGAAUGCACCAGAGCACGACCCAGAUAUCGAGCUGAUGCCAUUUUUCGCGUUGUCGCACCGAUUCUUCGACUCCCUCCGAAGCACAUACUACGACCGUAUCAUGGAAUUCGACGCUGUUGCUAAAAUCACCGUCAAAUACCAGCACUUGCUGUACUACCCGAUUCUUCUCUUCGGACGCUUCAACCUCUACUUCCUCAGUUGGGAACAUAUCAUUGUUGGACGGGGCCCGAAACAGGGAGCUGGCUGGUGGCAUCGGUGGUUCGAACUUGCGGGCCAUGCUUUCUUCUGGGCCUGGUUUGGAUACGGCGUUGUCUGGUCCAGCAUCCCGGAUUGGUGGAAUCGAGUGGCUUUUGUGCUCAUUUCACACAUGGUUACUUCUCCACUCCAUGUGCAGAUUACUCUGUCUCAUUAUGCGAUGUCGACUGCUGAUCUUGGUCCUUUGGAGUCGUUCCCGCAGAAGAUGCUGCGGACAACAAUGGAUGUGGACUGUCCGCCGUGGUUGGACUUUUUCCAUGGUGGAUUGCAAUUCCAGGCGAUCCACCACCUCUAUCCUCGUAUCCCAAGACAUAACUUGCGCAGGACGCAACAGUUUGUCAAGGAAUUCUGCCAGGAUGUGAACAUCCCAUACGCCGUCUUCACCUUUUAUGAUGGCAAUAAGGAGGUCAUUGGUCGCCUUGGGGAUGUUGCUAAGCAGGCCAGGAUUCUCGAAGAGUGUCGCAAGGCUUGCGCAGCGGACCCUUAUCAUAUGCAUUGA